GGGCGGACCUUCUACUAGGCACUCCAAGGGGCAGCGAUAGGACACCGCGGCCGCCAAUCAGGCCUCCCAGAUACCCGGAUGUGAGACGGUGCGCGAUACAAAGGCGAGUUUCCACCCAGAGGGUCGUCCGGUGCAAUAGCCAAUAAGCAUUCUCCAGGCGAUAAAUGACAGGAAAAUUAACCAGUUAUAAACUAGUUUCUCUCACGCAUGUGGAAAUUCUCCUGCUUAGUCUAACCCACUGCUAAUUGUGAUUGGAUAUCAUUGUGAGAAGCGGUUGAACUGCCUAAUUAGGAGCGGGAGCGAAAAAACGCACAGCCAAUAGGAAGAUUCUCAGGAAUGGGGCGGGGACUAAGCCUUCGCCUCGGCGGCAGAGGAGACUCGGGGGCCAUUUUGUGAAGAGACGAAGACUGAGCGGUUGUGGCCGCGUUGCCGACCUCCAGCAGCAGUCGGCUUCUCCACGCAGAACCCGGGAGCAGGAGACUCAGAAUCGAAUCUCUUCUCCCUCCUCCCUCUUGUGAGAUUUUUUUGAUCUUCAGCUACAUUUUCGCCUUUGUGAGAAACCUUAUCAUCAAACACAAUGGCCAGCAACGUUACCAACAAGACAGAUCCUCGCUCCAUGAACUCCCGUGUAUUCAUUGGGAAUCUCAACACUCUUGUGGUCAAGAAAUCUGAUGUGGAGGCAAUCUUUUCGAAGUAUGGCAAAAUUGUGGGCUGUUCCGUUCAUAAGGGCUUUGCCUUCGUUCAAUACGUUAAUGAGAGAAAUGCCCGAGCUGCUGUAGCAGGAGAGGAUGGCAGAAUGAUUGCUGGCCAGGUUUUAGAUAUUAACCUGGCUGCAGAGCCAAAAGUGAACCGAGGAAAAGCAGGUGUGAAACGAUCUGCAGCGGAGAUGUACGGCUCCUCUUUUGACUUGGACUAUGACUUUCAACGGGACUAUUAUGAUAGGAUGUACAGUUACCCAGCACGUGUACCUCCUCCUCCUCCUAUUGCUCGGGCUGUAGUGCCCUCGAAACGUCAGCGUGUAUCAGGAAACACCUCACGAAGGGGCAAAAGUGGCUUCAAUUCUAAGAGUGGACAGCGGGGAUCUUCCAAGUCUGGAAAGUUGAAAGGAGAUGACCUUCAGGCCAUUAAGAAGGAGCUGACCCAGAUAAAACAAAAAGUGGAUUCUCUCCUGGAAAACCUGGAAAAGAUUGAAAAGGAACAGAGCAAACAAGCAGUAGAGAUGAAGAAUGAUAAGUCAGAAGAGGAGCAGAGCAGCAGCUCCGUGAAGAAAGAUGAGACUAAUGUGAAGAUGGAGUCUGAGGGGGGUGCAGAUGACUCUGCUGAGGAGGGGGACCUACUGGAUGAUGAUGAUAAUGAAGAUCGGGGGGAUGACCAGCUGGAGUUGAUCAAGGAUGAUGAAAAAGAGGCUGAGGAAGGAGAGGAUGACAGAGACAGCGCCAAUGGCGAGGAUGACUCUUAAGCACAUAGUGGGGUUUAGAAAUCUUAUCCCAUUAUUUCUUUACCUAGGCGCUUGUCUAAGAUCAAAUUUUUCACCAGAUCCUCUCCCCUAGUAUCUUCAGCACAUGCUCACUGUUCUCCCCAUCCUUGUCCUUCCCAUGUUCAUUAAUUCAUAUUGCCCCGCGCCUAGUUCCAUUUUCACUUCCUUUGACGCUCCUAGUAGUUUUGUUAAGUCUUACCCUGUAAUUUUUGCUUUUAAUUUUGAUACCUCUUUAUGACUUAACAAUAAAAAGGAUGUAUGGUUUUUAUCAACUGUCUCCAAAAUAAUCUCUUGUUAUGCAGGGAGUACAGUUCUUUUCAUUCAUACAUAAGUUCAGUAGUUGCUUCCCUAACUGCAAAGGCAAUCUCAUAGUUGAGUAGCUCUUGAAAGCAGCUUUGAGUUAGAAGUAUGUGUGUUACACCCCCACAUUAGUGUGCUGUGUGGGGCAGUUCAACACAAAUGUAACAAUGUAUUUUUGUGAAUGAGAGUUGGCAUGUCAAAUGCAUCCUCUAGAAAAAUAAUUAGUGUUAUAGUCUUAAGAUUUGUUUUCUUAAAGUUGAUACUGUGGGUUAUUUUUGUGAACAGCGUGAUGUUUGGGACCUUUUUUCCUCAAAAUAAACAAGUCCUUAUUAAACCAGGAAUUUGGAGAAAAAAAAA